UGAGCCACCCAUGCCUUCGGGCCGGCACGGCACGGCCGGACAGCUGGUGGGCCGUGCCUGGGCGGGAGGUGCAGCCCAUGAGCCGGCACGGCCGGGCCGGGCCGGCCUGAUGGCUGCUGGGCCGUGCCCAGCCGUGCCUGGGCCGGGCUGUACCGGGUGGGCCCUUUGGCCAUCUAUAGCUGCGAGAUGCAAGUCUCUCAGAUUCCAAUCCGGCGGAUUGGUUACCUGGGUGAAGGGAGGAAAGUGACCAGAGGGAAGUGGUAGUGAGGGUGAGGCUAAACUAGUUGUGGGUGCUUGGGUCCUGCGGGGUUGAUGGUUUUGGGGAGGUGGGGGGAGGCGGAGAGCUAUCCUUUUAAGUAUAAAACGAAGGUCACCCCUGUUGUGCAGACCCCUACCAAACUCGUGCAUUCUGCAUCCUGCUUGCCCAAACAACCUGCAGGUUAGAGAAAAUGGAUCAGGCCGCUGGAGGAUGGCAUGGUACUCAGCGUUGGGCAGCUGCUCGGCGAGGAGUAUCGCCAGCUCCGCGGGGUCGGCGGCGAGGUCGCUCAGCUGCGCGACGAGCUGGCCACCAUGAACGCCCUCCUCCGCAUGCAGUCGGAGGCCGGCGAGGGCGCCGUGGACCACUUCGUACGGGAGUGGAUGAGGCAGGUCUGCGAGGUCGCCUACGACGCCGAGGACUGCAUCGACCUCUACUUCUGCCGCUGCCGCGUCAGGUUGCAGCUGAGUGACGGCGUGCUCAGCUGGGCCAGGCACCUGGCCUCCACGCUCUUUCCGCGGCGCCGCCUCGCCGGUGACAUCAAGGCUCUCCGCGCCCGGGCGAUCGAGAUCAGCGAGCGCCACGCCCGGUACGGCGUCAACCGCGAGGAACUUCGCGGCUGGACUGUGUCUGCUGCUGCUCUGGUCCCCGCGACAGCGGCGGCUUUCCACCCAGCUGCCUGUGGCUCUGACCAGUUGGUCGGCAUCGAGGGCCAGGCUAACACACUGGCGGACAAGCUGAAGGCGGUGGACGAAAGCAGCAAUCUGAAGGUGUUCUCCAUCGUGGGCUUCGGGGGGCUAGGGAAGACGACGCUGGCCAUGGAGGUGUGCCGGAAGCUGGAGUCGGUGUUCCAGCGUCAGGCCAUGGUGUCGGUGUCCCAGGCGUUCGACGCCAGCAAGGACCUGCAGGUACUCCUUAAGCGCAUCAUUCUGCAGAUUAUCAAACCGAAAAAGAGUAACGAGAACAGUAUCAACGAAGAGCAGUCCACCGGUGACAUCGACAGCAUGGAUGUGAGCACGCUGUUCCAAAAGCUGGAAGUGAGUCUCACUGGAAUGAGGUACCUCAUUGUGAUCGACGACGUCUGGUCCACAUCAGCAUGGAAUGCAAUCCAAUCAAAAUUGCCAGAGAACAAUUGUGGCAGCAUAAUCAUGGUAACCACUCGGGUAGAAACUGUGGCCAAAGCAAGCAGUUCACCGAGUGUUUCUGGAGAUUAUAUGCACAAGAUCAAUCCCCUAGGUGAAAAGGAUGCAGAGAAGCUGUUCGUGAGCAGAGCAUUUGGCUACAAGGAGUCAUGCUGCCCCGAGGAUCUGAAGGAACAAAUGAAGAGUAUUCUUAAAAAAUGUGCCAGGCUGCCAUUAGCCAUUGUUAGCAUCGCCGGCCUCCUAUCAAGCUACAGAUCAUCGUCAUCAGGGAGCAUAAGGAUGUGGCAGAGAAUUUCUAACUCCAUUGGUUCUCAGAUGGAGAUACACCCAACUCUAGAGGGGAUGAAGCAGAUAAUUGCACUUAGCUACAACCACUUGCCCCAUCAUCUCAAGGCUUGCAUGUUGUAUCUUAGCAUUUUUCCAGAGGAUUAUGUGACCAAGAAGAAGCGGCUGCUGCUCAGAUGGAUCGCGGAAGGCUUUGUCAUGGAGAAACGGGGAUUGACCAUGUUCGAGGUUGCAGAAUCUUACUAUGACGAGCUCGUAAGCAGGAGUUUGAUUGAUGCAGUUAGGGUCCGUUUGGAUGGAACCGUGAAGGCGGUGAAGGUGCAUGAUAUGAUGCUGGAGGUCAUAGUGUCCAAGUCCCUGGAGAACUUUGUCAACUUUUUAGGAGCCCAAUACGGCGGAGGGACACCAUCCUACGACAGCGUCCGCCGCCUCGCCAUCCAUGGAGACGGAGGCCCCAAGCAUGUCGUGGAUGUGAUGAGCGCAACACACGUCCGGUCGCUUAGCACGUUUGGGGCUCAAGGGAAUAUUGCAGUGCUCCAUCGCCUCGCAGAGUUCACCCUGCUCAAGGUGCUUGACCUAGAAGACUGCAAGGAGGUGAAAGACUGCCAUGUCAAGUAUAUCUGCCGGUUGUUUCUACUUAGGUUUCUGAGCUUGAGGAACACUGAUGUGAGCACCAUUUCUAGCCAGAUCAGCAGGCUGCAACAUUUGCAAACGCUCAACUUAUAUGGCACCCGCAUCGAAAAUCUCCCAACAUCGGUGACUAUGCUAGAGAGACUUGAAUAUCUCUUCUUCUCUGAGAGGUGGUCGAUGCGUCGCUGGGAAAUUCCCGUUGGGCUGAAGAAAAUGAUGGCAUUGUGCACGCUGAGAACGAUACGCCUCCCGAAUGACCCGAAUGUUGUCAAAGAAAUAGGUGCCCUGGCACAGCUGCAGACUCUCGAUAUCACCAUUCUCAACUCCAGCGAGGAGGUCCUUGCAAAUCUGGCCGAUGCGCUAGAUAAGACCAACAACCUCCGGUCGCUCUACGCCUACGGUACAGGAAAAGAUGAGCACAAGGAUAGGUUGCUAAACUUCCUCCUCCGCCUCAAGACGCCGCCGCUUCUCCUCGAGAGCGUGAGGAUCGACGGGGUCAUGGACCAACUGCCCAAGUGGUUCAAUUCACUGGUACAUCUCGUCAAGAUGUAUACAUGGAGGGUCAGCCUUACGGGUGACCAUCUCUUGGCGUCUUGUGCGAGCUGCCUAACCUGGCGAGCGUUUCCCUUGGGUAUGACAGCUGCACUGAUGAUGAGCUGCUUGUACGUUCCGCCUUCAAAUUCCCUGCACUCAAAAGCUUUUAUGUGGACCCUUACAUUAUGCCGAGAGCUAUCCGAUUUGAGAAGUCAACCAUGGAAAAAAUCGAGACCUUCAGAGUGUUUUUCUAUGACAAUGAUGGGACUGGGAGACCGAUCCUUGCCGGCAUUGAGAACUUGACAAGCCUCAAGAAGCUGGAAGUGCUCACCCAUAGCAUAAAUGCUGAGAUCGAGAUUCUGGAAUGGCUCAAAGUUGAGAGAGCCAGGCACCAAGUUUGAGGUUGCAGUGAAAUACCUCUGGUGACAUGCAUGUUUACUAUACCUCUUGUUUUAAUUUG